AUGCAGCCCCCUCACCUCCUCUUCUUCCUCUUUCUCCCCCUCCUCCUCCCUGGGAUGUGGGCAGACCCAGAGGAGCCGCAGGUUUUCCAGCUGCUCCAGACCAGCUUCUUGCCCAACGUCAGCUCUGCCGAGGUGUCCUUUGUGGCUUUCUUGGGGGACGUGCCCAUCUUUGCACUGGAUCCUGCCAGCUGGAACAUCCACUUCCACUGGCCCUGGGCCCGCCAGGCCUCAGCCGAGGGUGAUGUGGAGAAGCUCAAGUCCGACUCCAAACUCCUUCUGCGCAAUAUGAUCCGAUAUGUGCAUGAAACAGCCCAGCAGGCACAACUGGACUACCCAUUCGUGGUCCAGAUCCGUGUGGGCUGUGUGCUGCACCCCAAUAGGACAAGCUGGGGCUUCAUGGAUGUCGGGGCGGGCAGCAGAGACCUCAUAGCUUUUGAGGUGGAGAGGCAGCGCUGGGAGCCCCGGCAGCCAUCCCCGCUAGCAGAGCUGGUCAGCAAGUCCCUCAACAGCAAGAAGGCCAUCGCAGGGCUCCUGGAGCACCUCCUUUCCAUCUCCUGCCAGAGCUACAUCCUCACCCUGUGCAGGUACGGGAGGGCUGAUCUGGAGAGACAAGAGCCGCCCGUGGCCACGGUCUUUGCCCGCACACCCAGACCAGACCAGCUCCUGCUGGUUUGCCGCGUCACCGGCUUCUUACCACCGGCCAUCGGGGUGGACUG